CAAAACUUUAGUACUGUCAUCAGAAUAUAUUAUCAGAACGUUUCAAUUGGCGGCUUUCUCUCUCUUUCCCCAGGAAGAGAAAGUUCGAACUCCAGAAAUGGCGGUGGAUUCUCCCGCUGGAGUUAUUAUCAUCGCCGCCGUGCUUUUACUUGCUGCGACAACCUUGGCCUGCGGCUCCGACGCGGUUCUCAAGCUGGAGAGAUUGAUUCCGCCGAACCAUGAACUUGGUCUGACUGAGCUCAGGGCUUUUGAUUCAGCUCGCCAUGGAAGGUUAUUGCAGUCUCCUGUCGGCGGUGUUGUUAAUUUCCCGGUUGAUGGAGCCUCCGAUCCGUUUCUCGUCGGGCUUUACUACACAAAGGUUAAACUUGGGACACCACCAAGAGAAUUUAAUGUUCAAAUUGACACUGGAAGUGAUGUUUUGUGGGUUAGCUGCACUUCCUGCAAUGGCUGCCCCAAGACUAGCGAACUCCAAAUUCAACUAAGUUUCUUUGAUCCUGGAGUGUCAUCCUCAGCUUCAUUAGUUUCAUGUUCAGACAGGAGAUGUUACUCAAAUUUCCAGACAGAAUCAGGCUGUUCUCCCAACAAUCUCUGUUCCUAUUCGUUUAAGUACGGUGAUGGAAGUGGCACUUCUGGUUACUACAUCUCAGAUUUCAUGUCCUUUGAUACUGUUAUUACCAGUACCUUGGCUAUAAAUUCCUCUGCUCCCUUUGUUUUUGGGUGUAGCAAUUUACAAUCUGGAGAUUUACAGAGGCCUAGAAGAGCAGUAGAUGGCAUCUUUGGGUUAGGACAAGGGAGUUUAUCAGUAAUUUCUCAGCUUGCUGUGCAAGGACUCGCGCCACGAGUAUUCUCGCAUUGUCUGAAGGGAGAUAAAAGCGGUGGAGGUAUAAUGGUUCUAGGUCAAAUCAAGAGGCCAGAUACCGUCUAUACUCCUCUUGUUCCAUCACAGCCACAUUAUAAUGUGAACCUGCAGAGCAUUGCUGUGAACGGUCAGAUAUUACCGAUUGAUCCAUCUGUUUUCACAAUAGCCACUGGUGAUGGAACGAUAAUUGAUACGGGAACGACUCUUGCUUAUCUUCCCGACGAAGCUUAUAGUCCAUUCAUCCAAGCUGUUGCAAAUGCUGUUUCGCAGUACGGGCGUCCCAUUACCUAUGAGAGUUACCAAUGCUUUGAAAUCACAGCUGGUGACGUUGAUGUCUUUCCCCAAGUUAGUUUGAGCUUUGCUGGUGGUGCAUCAAUGGUCUUAGGACCCCGUGCAUAUCUUCAGAUUUUUUCUAGUUCAGGAAGUUCAAUAUGGUGCAUUGGUUUCCAGAGAAUGUCUCAUCGUCGUAUAACAAUUCUUGGUGGUAACUACUCUUGUUUGUUAACUCAAUCAAGUGAAACUGUAACAGUGCAGCUAUUUUUCUCAAUGAGUGAUUGCUUUGCAGAUUUGGUUCUUAAAGACAAAGUGGUGGUCUACGAUCUAGUUCGCCAACGUAUUGGAUGGGCAGAAUACGACUGUUCUCUGGAGGUGAAUGUUUCAGCAUCAAGAGGAGGACGAAGCAAAGACGUUAUAAACACAGGACAAUGGAGAGAAAGCGGUUCGGAGAGUUUUAAUAGAAGUUAUUACUUGUUACAACUAGUAGUCUUCCUUGUCCACCUUUUUGCUCGUUUCUUGUAGUAGCUUUUAGCAUUCACUCCACCAAUUAUGGUUGGACUUUGUAAGCUUAUAUUAUUGUAAUUUAAUCACACUAAUUAAUUCUUACUUACCCACCCACCA